UCAGAAAAAUUUCAUAGUAACAUUUUGUGUUUCUAGUUCUUAGCCUUGACCUCUGUAUUCUAAAUGCCAUUGUGAUAAGAUGAGUUUUUCUUAUCAAUAGUUCAAGACAAAUGAUAAAAAAAUUUAGAAUGCCUUCAUUUACUAAAGUGCCUGUUAUGAUAUUAAUUGGGAACGUCCACCUUCAUGCAUUGUGAUUUUUGUUAUGAAGUUGGAUAAGAUAAAUACAACAGUUCACAAACAGACACAAAAUGUCGACUCCAGCUUAUGAUGAAUCCUUCUUUAAGAGAUUAAAAUCUGCUAGAAAUGAAACCAAUGGCAUAUUUGACUGCACCAAAUUUAUUCUGGGCAUUGUAUGUGCGUCAGUUGUACUUCAUAUUUUCAAAUUUAUUUUGAUGGUAAUACCAAUUUCAAUGAUUGUCAUUGGCGCCAUAUUUAAAGACGACUGUCCUGCUGAGCAAAUGAUCCCCAUCUAUUUGAUUGUUGCUGGCUGUUUCCAUGUUGUCGGAGAAAUACUUAGCAUCAUUCAGUUUUGCAGAAAAACGCCGGAAGAUACUGAAGCACAGGAGAAAUACACUAAUCACAUCACAUGCACCAUAAGCACUUUAAACUGCUUUAACUUAUCUUGGUUUAUUGCUGGUUGCGUGUUUAUUUACCGAGCCAAAGAAUAUGUCCAGUUUACAGACAAGAACGCUCCAAACUUUUGUCAUGAGAUAUUGUACAUGUUCGCCUUCUGGAUAACCAAUUCGUCUUUUGUCAUCGUUGGUGUAGUCAUUUGUUUUGCUGGUUGUAUUGGUUGCAUUGCUGUCUGUGGUAGAGGCGAAUGAGUGCAGAUACAAAAGGAUACAUGGCGGUGAUCAACAUUUUAAACUUUUUAAAAUGCACUACUUUUUAAAUGUAUUUGUAUGCAUAAUUUAUAUGUAUUUAGUAAGC